AUGGUACGCGCGUGUAGGAUGAUGCUGGGACCAAGCCAGCGCCGGGUCCUGGUGGUUUUAGUGGCCGUCUUGCUCUGUGCGCACGCGGUUCGCGGCUUCGUCACGACGGCAGGGCAGCACUUCGUGAACGAGCGAUGCGAGGAAUAUUUCGUCGCCGGGUGGAAUGAGUGGAAGGUCAUGGAGACGGCGAGCAGCGAUCCCGGAGCACUGCGUACCAAGCUGCAGCGCGCCUCGCGAGCGGGCUUCAACGUCCUGCGCUUCUUCGCGCAUGGGUCGGACGACGACUUCGUCCUUCAGGCCCGGCCUGGCGAAUACAACGAGGCCGCGUGGGUCGGUAUCGACCGCGCACUGUUCGAGUUAAGCCAACUGCAAAUGAAGGCGAUCCUCAGCUUCUCGAACAUGUGGAAAGCGCCGGACGGGAAGAAGACGUUCGUGUCGUGGAGGUCGUCCGAGCAGGGGGUCAUCUGCGACAUCGACGCGUGCCGCGGCGGGGACGACGACCAGGAGUUCGAGUGCCUGGCCGCGAACUGCCCCUCCGAGGACGAAUUCUUCAAGCGCGAGAGCAUCGUGGAACUCUACAAGGCGCACAUCAACGCCACGCUGCACCGCAUCAACUCCCUCACAGGCGUUGCGUACAAGGACGACCCCACAAUCUUCGCAUGGGACGUCAUGAACGAGCCGAACGCCGUUGUGUGCCGGCGAGGGCUGCGGCCUGCGCGCGCGUGCGUGUCCCUCGUUGACGACUGGAUUGCACGCAUCAGCGCCUACAUCAAAAGCAUCGAUUCGCGGCACAUGGUGACCACGGGAGUCGAGGGAUACUACGGGCCGGAGGAGACGCCCGCCCGGCGCGCUGCGAACCCGCAGCCGACUGACAGCGGGCCGUUCUCCCCCCUCGACUGGCCGACCAAGGCGGGCCAGUCGUUCCUGCUGAACCACAGGCACCCGACCAUCGACUUCGCGGUGUUUCAUGCCUGGCCUGAUAACUGGCGGAGCGCCACGCUCGAGUUCCAAGAUCGGUGGCUCGCGCAGCACCUGCGCGACAGCGCCGCACUUGGCAAGCCCGUCAUCGUCGAGGAGUUCGGGAAGGUCGCUGAUCGCAACAAAGCGGGCGACAUUGCCGCGACGCGCGACCCGUUCUUCGCCCAGGUGUACAACGCCACGAACGAGUCGAUCGCCAGUGGCGGCGCGCUCAAGGCGAGUUCUGCGGCCUGA